GUGACGUCACCCAAAGCAGGAAGUCGUCAUCUCUGACAGGCAGUUUUCCCGCGAAGAUUAGACGCAUUUCUGCAUUUUUAUCAGAGUGUCCUCAUUAUGAGCAAGAGGAAAGUAAGAGAUUCCCACCUGCCCGUGGGAGAAUGCGUCUCUCAGGUCCAGCGGAUUUUAAGGGAGCGGUUUUGCCAUCAGAGACUUCCUGACAGGCUGGAGGGGUUGGAAGCUCAACACAAACAUCUCUUCGAGCUGCUGAAGCGGACAGCGGUCCACGGGGAGAGCAACUCGGUUCUGAUCGUGGGACCCAGAGGAGCGGGGAAAAGCGCGCUGCUGGGGUGUGUGCUGAGGGAGCUGCUGCAGGAGACGGAGGCCCAGAGGAACCUGCUGGAGGUCCGGCUCAACGGUCUCCUGCAGACGGACGACAGAAUAGCGCUCAAGGAAAUAACCAGACAGCUCCACCUGGAGAACGUCGUCGGUGAUAAAGUAUUUGGAAGCUUCGCAGAGAAUUUGGCCUUCCUGCUGGAAGCCUUGAAAAAAGGCGACCGCAGCAGCAGCCGGCCCGUGCUCUUCGUCCUGGACGAGUUCGACCUGUUCGCCCACCACAAGAACCAGACGCUGCUCUACAACCUGCUGGACGUGUCCCAGUCGGCCCAGGCCCCGGUGGCCGUGGUGGGGCUCACCUGCAGGCUGGAUGUCCUGGAGCUGCUGGAGAAGCGGGUGAAGUCUCGGUUCUCCCACCGUCAGAUCCACCUGCUGAGCAGCCUGACCUUCCCCCAGUACCUGCAGCGGGUCCGGGCCCAGCUCCGCCUGCCGGACGACUUCCCCGACGCCAGGUUCGCUCAGGACUGGAACGCCGGCGUGGAGAGUCUCUGCGGGGACAAAUCCGUGGAGGAAGUUCUGCAGAGACACUUCAACUCCAACAGGGACGUCCGCUCUCUGCACGCGCUGCUGAUGCCGUGUCUGAGCCGCGUGUCGGCCUCCCAGCCCAACAUCAGACCCGCUGACGUGCUGGACGCCGGCCGCCUGUGUCUCGCCGACGCCAAGGCCAACGUGCUGCACGGUCUGUCCAUCCUGGAGCUGUGCCUGAUCAUCGCCAUGAAACACCUCAACGACGUCUACGAGGGCGAGCCCUUCAACCUGCAGAUGGUCCACAACGAGUUCAAGAAGUUCCUGCAGAGGAAGUCCAACUCCAUGUACAACUUUGAGCAGCCUGUGGUGAUGAAGGCCUUCGAGCACCUGCAGCAGCUGGAGCUGAUCCGGCCCGUGGACGGCUCGGCCUCCAGAACCCAGAGGGAGUACCAGCUGAUGAGGCUCAUGCUGGACCACAGCCAGGUCAUGGAGGCGCUGCAGAAGUACCCACAAUGCCCCACCGACAUCAACCAGUGGGCCAUGUCAGCCUUCGCCUAGGACUGGACGCAAUCAUACUUUAGCUUGCCUAUUUUUAAAAUUGCUGGAAUCUUUUUCUUAAUAAAUAAAUGUAUUAUGUGGA